GAGGCUCAGCUAACUACAAGUUAAACCACAGAUCAUAUAUGGUUUUCCUUGCAAAUUUGGCCUAAUAUUGAAGUGGUGGAAUAUACAAGGAGCAAAUGGAAAAACAAAAGUAAUAAGUAAUAACACUAGCAUUCAGUGAUUGCAACAGAAAAAGAGCUCUGGUCUGGAUUGAAUCCCAUUCAAUCUGUGAAAUCCAAACUCAGCCAAUCACAUUCAAUCAAAUUGCCAGGUGUGACUGCCUCAAACUAUUAAAACUUGGAUGAUGAUAUUUCCAAAACGAGGCCAUCUCUCUCUCCCUUUCUUCCCCAAAAACCAUGCCAGUAACAACAGCAGCUCUGCAGUCUUCUCUAUGCUUCUCUCCUCAUAACCCAUCAUCAUCAUCAUCAUCAUCUUCAUCUUCUAUUCCCUCCAAUUUGCAGACCUCAAACACCACCACCCAUUUGGCAGCAAAACCCCAAAGCAUUCUCCAAAAGCACCCACUAUACACCCCCACCCACACCAAACUCUCCCUCCAAUUCAAAGAGAAAAUCCUCUGCCUUGAAAUCAUGGGAGUUGAUGCAGGCAAAGCACUCUCCCAAAACCCUAAUCUCCACUCAGCAACUCUCGACUCAAUCCAAGCCAUAAUCACCUUCCUUCAAUCCAAAGGCAUACAAGAGAAGGACUUGGCCAAGAUCUUUGGGAUGUGCCCCCAUAUCCUCACCUCCAACAUCAAAAGUGAGCUCACCCCAGUUUUCGACUUUCUCUCAGAUUACCUCCAAGUCCCAGAACAUAACUUCAGAAAGGUCAUCAACAAAUGCCCAAGAUUGCUUGCUUCAAGUGUGAGUGACCAGCUCAAACCAGCUUUGUUUUAUCUUCAGAGACUUGGGUUCAAGGACUUGCAUGCCUUAGCUUACCAUGACUCUGUGCUCUUGGUUUCAAGUGUGGAGAAGACCCUGAUUCCCAAGUUAAAUUUUUUGGUGGGUUUGGGAAUUCCAAGAGAUGAGGCUGUGGCGUUGGUGCUGAGGUGUCCAGCAUUGCUCACUUUCAGUAUUGAGAAUAACUACAAGCCAAAGUAUGAGUACUUCUCUGUGGAUAUGGGGUUGAAAUUGGAGGAUUUGAAGGAGUUUCCUCAGUACUUUGCGUUUAGUUUGGAGAAGAGGAUAAAGCCAAGGCAUAUGGAGGUUGUGCAAAGUGGAGUACACGUGCCUUUGCCACUUAUGCUCAAGAGCACGGAUGAGGAGUUCAGGGAGUUGCUGAAGCAAUUUGGGGGUGGAUGAGCACUGCAAGUUUGUAGUCUCGUGAAUUUCUGUCUUUGUAUUUACAAGGUCAUCUUAGAUCAGGCAAUAUUACUUGCAUUUGUAGAAAACUUGAAAGGUAAAUGCAGCUUGGAUAAUUGUAAAAGCUGUACGUAUGUAAUUAUCAUUGCUGGGCAACGUUACAACCUCCAAGUGCCUGUUUCA